ACACGUGUGAAAUUUCCUAGUUUCCGAUGGGGAGUGGAAGGUGCCAGUUCUGUUCCGCGAGAGUGCAGAGCGGAGGCAGCCGCUCCGAUCACCGUGUUCACUAAACCUUGCGUAACUUUCUCCUAAAUAUACUCCGGGUUUCGUGCGCUAACCGUACACGAGGGGAUAGUGCUGUACAGUUCGGAACGUAAGGACCACAUUCGAGAUGGAUUUUGACGACUAUGAGAGCUUGCCAACUGGCAAUGUUGGGAUUCAUAUGACUGCCGGAGCUGUAGCUGGAAUCAUGGAGCAUUGCGUAAUGUUCCCAGUUGAUUCAGUCAAGACAAGAAUGCAGAGUUUAGCACCAUCUCCAGAGGCAGCUUACAGAUCCAUCCGAGAAGGUUUAGUGAAGAUGGUGAGCUCCGAGGGUAUCAUGAGACCCCUUGGAGGUGUGAGUGCUGUUGUCAUAGGAGCUGGACCAGCUCAUGCUCUCUACUUCUCAGCUUAUGAAAAGAUCAAGAGCACCUUCCCUUCCGACAACUCUCUACAAAUUCAUGCUACCAAUGCUGCUGCUGGAUGUGGGGCAACUCUUCUGCAUGACGCCAUAAUGGUCCCUGCUGACUUUGUUAAACAACGAAUGCAGAUGUACAACAGUCCUUACAGGUCGUGUUUUGAAUGCAUGAGCAAGUUAUAUCGUGCAGAAGGUGUUGGUGCAUUUUACCGCUCCUAUACAACACAGCUUGCAAUGAACAUUCCAUUUCAUGCCAUCCAUAUUGUAACUUAUGAGAAAUGCCAGAAGUGGUUGAAUCCAGACAGGCAAUACAAUCCAGGAGUUCACAUGACCGCAGGAGCGGCUGCUGGUGCUGUAGCUGCAGCUUGUACAACACCCUUGGACAUGUGCAAAACUUUACUCAAUACGCAAGAGACCUCCACACUAGCACAAGUACAGGAAUCCCGGAUUGUUGGAAUAAUGAGCGCACUUCGAACCAUCUACAUAAUGAAUGGCAUCACAGGAUUCUUCAAAGGAUUGCAAGCACGAGUACUUUACCAAAUGCCAGGCACAGCCAUAUCAUGGAGCAUAUAUGAAUUAUUCAAGCAUUAUAUGGUACAGAAGCAGAAUGAAAGUAUGGCACAACAUUAUGAUAGUGAACUUGUUAAGGACAGGGUAAUUAGAGACACUGGAAAUGAAAGUGAAACAGCAAUAAAAUUUAGCAUUGACAGUGAAAAGAGCAUGCGUCUGAGUCUGGGUGCAACAACCAAUAAAACUGUGGAGAGGUUACGGUCUCUACAUAUGCCCUCUUCUCUUACAGCAAACUGUGCAGCAGCAGAUGACAACUGGCUGGGCAAGUAGCAAUUACAUGCGUUUAAAAUUUCAUAGAAAACUCUAAACCUAUGGAUGGUGCCUUCAAUAUUAAUAUUUCCAUGCAAGGAGGUGUUAUUGAAUGGUAUAGUGCUCAUAAAAAAGAUAAUCUUGUGUAAUACUUGGCCAAUAUCAGAAGAUUCAUCUUAAAAUAUAUCUUGAUGUAAAUGUUAGGUAAUUCAACGUUUGCAUACAGUCUAGUCAUUCUCCCUGAGAGGAAUUAAAACAACAAUAAGCAUAUCUGUUAGAUACUGAAAUCAUCUUCGGAUUCUAGAGACAUUUUUUCUAGCAAAAUUUAAAAAAAAUGUAGAGAGAAAACAGUAAGGACUGCACGCUAUAUAGACUUAAUGCAACUAUUAUGAAAUGUGAGAACAAGUGUGAUCCUGUCUACCUAAUUUUUAACCAGGACUUCAUAAAGUUUACAGAAUGUAAUUAUUUUUAUAGAGCUAUCUGUUUGUGGGCAACAGUAGUAGGAAAUUCCAGGUGCUUAACCCUGUGAUACUUGCAAAAGCUUUGUAUCAUAUGUAAAUUGAUAGUUGGGGGGGGGGGGGACAAAAAUGGUUACUGCAUCAAUAUGUGGUGAACCCCUUUAGGACAGAACAACCAUUGUUAGUGCCAGUCCCAAAGUAGAUUUCUAGCUGAUGAGUAGUAAUGAACUUCAGAAAUCUUAUGAGACUACUUCUUGAAGAUAAAAGAUCAAUUUUGCAUAAUACCUUGCAGCUUUAUAAUGUAAAAAAAAAAAAGAUAUUCCAGUUCUUGGAAACUGGCUUUUAAUCAAAGUGUAGAUCAUCUCAUUAAUGCUAAGAAAUAGGACUCUUGGAAAUGAUGAGUAAAAUAUUUACCAUUUAAAUUACAUAUAUACAUACAAAAUUAUCUCUUUCUCGCAUGUAAGUUUCAUAUUGUAAUGUUUCAUAACAUUUUAAAUGGUUAAGGGUUCUCCAUAGCACAAUUCUAAACUUCUGAAGUUCUGGAAGUACAUGGAUAAGCAAGUGGCAAUGAUACUUAACAAAAACACUGCCAGCUUGCAAACUAUGGUUAUCUAAAAGCCAAGGGAAUCAUCCUAAAAGGGUUCAGCAGUUCUGCAUUUCAAAGAUUAGGUUUUCAGAAGAUAACUGUUGCCUCACCAACACUUUUAAAUGUGAUAUAAACUUUUUUAUAAGUUUGUCAAUGUCCAUACUGUCGACUAUGAUUUUUUUAUAUAAAGUUAUGUGAUGCAAAGAAAAGGUUAAACCUACAUGGUAUGCUACUUUCUUCAGAUGAAUUAGAAUUCAUUAGAGGCUAAUCUAGAUCAAAAUGUUGAUAGGAUGGUACAAACACGUUACAUUUUCUAUGACAGUCUUUUGUGUUUGGAAAUCUUUUCUUUAAUUUUUUUUCUUUUAUUAUUUACUUCCAAAGGAAUACUUAGUAUUUUCAGUAUUAUAUCAAAAGGAAAAUAAAUGAGAAUAUUUUUUUUACCUUUGCUUAUGUACAAUUAGUUUUAUAAUGGGAUGCUUAGUCAUGUUAUGCAGACUCAAUAUAGUGGCUUUGAUAUCCUUUAGAAAUUCUUUUUUAUAUUGUUUUUGCUAAACUAGUAAUAUUGUUGUAAAUUAUGUAUUUGAUUUUAAUGACUGAACUUGUUUGUAUCAUCUUAGUAAAAUGCCAGGGGAUUCUAAUUCAUCAUGAAGCUUUAUCAAGAAUAUGGAGCAUCUGUUCAGGGAUGAUAGUCCAUUCUGUUUAAUGAAUAAUAACAAUCUCCUUAGUACCAUCCUAUAAUUGAAGACUUCCCAGAUUAUGUUCUCCAGAAAGUAAAGCACAUGGUAUAAUGAGUGUGAGGUUAGUCCAACGCUCAGCAAGUUGUCAUCGUUGACUAACCCAACUGAUAGUCUUGAUGUAGAUUAAGUACCCUGUUAUAUCAGAACUGGUGCUUACUAUCUGCAUCAUGUUGGUUAUUUUGGGUUAAACUCCCUUCACCAGCUGUCAAGUAAAUGUGUUAGUAGUUGGUGAUGUUUAUGUUAUGGCUUGUAAUUUUUCAGAAGUUGCAAGUGUUGAAUGAGAAACAUGUACUUGCUCCUGGUGAAGGGAAAUCCAAUUUGGUGUUGGAUUAUUCUUAAGCAAUACCCUGUGUAGCUGAUAAGCACGACAUUGCUUUGUAAGCUGUGAAAAGGUAAUAGUGUAUAGAUGUAUAGGCUCAGAUUCAUUGGUGCAGCCAUCUUGUGCUCAUUGUUACAAUUAAGAGAUGAGUAACAGUUGCUUUGCCUUUCUACAAUUUCAUACAAGGAUCCUGCAUAAAUAUACUUAUUAAUCAGUUGACGGAUCCUGGAUGAAGGUGUAGCUGUUAAAAGUUACUCAAGAAUUUUGUAAUAGUGAAAACAGUGUUGUACUAGCAGUGUAACAUUUUCCAGCACUUUUUCCUUCCCUUAUCCAAGAAAUUAUAGGUCUGGCAACAAAUGGGUGUAGUUAUGUCAUUCUUUUCUUAAGUAUGGGUGUUUUAGCUUUUGACCUUUUUUAAGUAAUGAGCAUUGCUCAGUGAUUUCUUGAUCUUGAGGGAAAUUGUCAUGCAUUUAAUACUGGGGUAUUUUUUGUGUUAAUCUUUUGUUUAACCGCGUACAUAAGCACACACUGCACUUGCAUAGGUGCAGUACAUGACACAUGCACCAUAAACAUUUCUAAAUAUGCAGAUUUUUUGAACAGUGAGUUAGUACUAUGCCGGCAGCAUAUAAGCCUAUCAAGAAAAUAUGGAGUGAAGUGUUGGAAGAUUACAUAGCCUUACAUUAAACAUCGGUAAUACCAUCAUUACCUGUAAUGGUCAUUGAGAAUCCACGGUGUGGGGUUGCUGCCUAUGUUAGCGUUAUUAAUGUAGUGUUCAGUUUCUUGAUUUUCAGUGUUGUGUGAAAGUAGUAGAAUCUCAAGAUGUUUUAGUGUACCAUUUCUGUAAAGUGUAAACCAACCAAACAACAGGGAAGAUCUUUUCAGUGUAUAUAAUGCAUUUCACAGAUAAAAAUGACUUCCACUAAGCUUUCAUAAUACUGGUUCAGGAGCGGAUGUUUCAGCGCUUUGUAAAUGUAGAAGUUGGAAUUUAAAAGUUUCAAAUUUGCAUGGAUCACCUUGGGUUUCAUGAACAUCAGUGAAUUUACAACUAUAAGGUUUCUGUUGAAAUUUUUAUCUUUGUAAUGGUUUUUAGAAGCAGGCAUUUGAAGAAGAGGCUGGGAGACUACAUUAAUUAGCAAGGCAAAGGCACUACCAACACAAGAUUCUUCAAUACUCUUGGAGAAGCUUCAAGCCCAGGGAGGUUUAAUCUUUUCCAGUAUUGUUGUUAAUCUCGAUUGUACAGAAGGAUUAUUUAAUGAGAAAUAUAUUUACAUUUUCUAGAA